AUCAACCUUUAUCAACCCAUCGUGAAUUCAUCCAUCAAACUUGAAACUUGAAAGGCAAAACACAACACGGUCACCAUGACAAUACAAUGUUGACUUAUGUACACGAAGCAUUAGCGUCUAACGGGCAUUGUUUCAGUCGUUCAGAGCACGCGUCUUUGCGCUAGAAUUAAUGUUACAGCAUUCGCGCGUAGGAAGCGCGUGCUUUCCGCUCUAAAAUGUGCAUUACGUAUCGAUGGAUUCGGAUUCGAAUUCGAUCAACUGUAAGAACCACAACGAUCGACGAGAUUCUCUUAAAUGCACCUCAACCUCAAUGGCGGUUGCAGACGCAGACGUCGCCGAUUCACACCCACGCCACCGACAAAUGACGAAAUCGCCACCGCUAUCAUCAUCGCCAUCGCCAUCGCCAUCGACGGUGAAGAAACGAAUCGACAGCGCCGCCGCAGCCAGCAAGUGUCGUUGUUGUUGCAAUAAUACGCGUACCAUUAGAUCGCGAUCGCAGAGCGAGCAUUUCAAUAAAAAACGAUUGUACAGAACUUAUUCGUCAUUCGGAUUCAGGAAUUUGAAUAAUAACUACAGCCAGUCUCAUUGGUCGUUGAACGAGGGUAGUUCCAAAGGUUGGCCCGAUGACAGAUGCAAUAAAAAAACAACUUGCGAAGCGAAAAGGUACGAAUUGGUGGAUUUUCAAAGGUGCAUGAAAUUACUCGGAAUCGAUACCAGCUCCCAAGAGAGUAUACGAGUAGAAUCAUUGCCGAAUCGCAAAGUACCAAACACCAAAAAAGUGAAACCGAAAAUUACUACCAGAAUUACGAGCAGCACUAUAUCGCUAGAAGACAUACAGGACGCCUUGACGAAUGACUUGGAAAGGACAAAUGUUUCCGAUCCGAGCAAUCGCUCCUUUCUAGCUCAAGCAGUGUAUGAAAGGUGGUAUUUCAAUAAAAUGCAGGAACGCAAAAGGCAACGCAGGGAAGCCGAGUUGAAGAACGAACAAAUGCGUAGGGAAUUUGAACAAAUGAGAUGCGAACAAAAGCUGAAAGCUGAAAUGUCUUAUCAAGAAUGGAUGAAAAAAAAGACGAAAAGCAAGAACUCGCCGACUAAAUCAGAUACUGCGAAUACGAGUACGUCUAAUAGGAGUUCCGCAAGAAGAUUCAUCCCAAAAAACUCUGAAGACGAAUACGUAAAAUGGAGAACUGCCAAAAACGAACAACUCGAGAAAAAAAGACACCAGUGGAAAGAGCAAAAAGAACGCGAAAACGAAGAAAAACAACGUAAAAAAAUCGAAGCCGAAAAAGCUUAUCAAGCGUGGAAGAAUAAAGUUAACGAAGACUUGAAGAAAAAAGUCGAAUCGCAGAGAAAACGAGAAAAAGAAAAUAAAGAAAAAGCAAAUCACGAUAAAAUGGAAAAAGAAAGAGAAGCCCUCACUUCCUUCAAUGCUUGGAAGCAAAAUAAAUUACAACAGAUGAAAAAGACCCGAAAUGAGCAAAAGCUAUCACCGUCUGUUGUUUUCAGAUUCGAGUCGACAUUGAAAAUAGAAGCACGCACUCAACGCAUUGCCGAGAGAUUAUACGAAGCAGAACAAGCAUUUUACCAGUGGCUUGAAUCAGUAGAUGAACGGAUUAGCUCGGCCAAAAGCUGAAAUCAAGCAAUAAGGAAUAUUCAUAUCGGGUAUCGCGCAAGAAAUCUCAAAAAGCUUGAACUGACAUCGAUAACAUUCAACGAAGUAACUCAAAAUGAUUCACGCACUCAACAUGCCUGAAACAGUCGAAAGAAAAAAAUCACAAAAGUUUACUAAAUUAAUACAUAGGUACUUACCUAAUGCUCAAAGACUUACGUAGGUAUAGAGGUAUUCAAGUUCUUAUAAUUGGAAAAAAUUAUGUACAAAAAAUCGCUCACAAAAGCGUUACUAAUUUUGUAAACUUUAAAUAAAUAAGUAAAUUUAAAGAA